CCCACCUGCACGUGGGUCUGGGGGAGAGGUGGGGAAGCUAAAAUAGAGGGACUGGGAGGGUCUGCCCACAGUGCCCUUCCCAGUUCCCAGAGGAUGACUUCCAUGCUGGGAGCAAGUUUGCUCUAUGUUGGACUCUAAGGUUUUUACAUUCAACAAUUCUGAGUUUUUCAGACAAGGCACGUAGGGGCUAAUUGUCCAAGGUCACUCACAUAGUACAUGGGGAAACUGGGAUUUGAACCAAGGCAGUCUGGCCAUGGCUGAGGCGCAGAGAGGGGUGGUGAAUGGCCCAGGGUAACACAGUCACAACCCCAGAGCUAGGAGCUGCUGGCUCCCUUCUGGCACUUGACUCCUAGCCAACUGGGGGGCGGAGCAGAGGUGGAGCUAGGGAGACCCAGGUGGCCUCUCUGAAAACCAGACUACAGGCGGCAGAGUGGCCUGGAGCAGCAUGAAGCAGAGCUGGGGACCAGAGCUGCUCAUCGUGGGAGCAGUGGUUCUCAUGGAGGGUCUUCAAGCAGCUCAGCACGUAUGUGGGCAGCGUGGCCCUGGCCCCCCCGAGCCUCAGGAGGGCAUCACAGCACCUGGUGAGUGGCCCUGGCAAGCCAGUGUGAGGAGGCGGGGGGUCCACAUCUGCAGCGGAUCCCUAGUGGCAGAUACCUGGGUCCUCACUGCUGCCCACUGCUUUGAAAAGGCAGCAGUGACAGAACUGAACUCCUGGUCAGUUGUCCUGGGUUCUCUGCAACGUGAGGGGCUGAGCCCAGGGGCCGAGGAGGUGGGGGUGACCGCCCUGCAGCUGCCGAGGGCCUAUAACCACUACAGCCAAGGCUCAGAUCUGGCCCUGCUCCGACUCGCCCACCCCAUGGCCCGCACACCCCUCUGCUUGCCUCAGUCUACCCAUCGCUUUCCUUUUGGGACCUCCUGCUGGGCUACUGGCUGGGAUCAGGACACCAAUGAUGCUCCCAGGACUCUACGGAAUCUGCGCCUGCGUCUAAUCAGCCGCCCCACGUGUAACUGUCUCUACAACCGGCUGCACCAGCGGCUGCUGGCCAGCCCAGCUCGGCCUGGGAUGCUGUGUGGGGGCGCCCAGCCUGGGGUGCAGGGGCCCUGUCAGGGAGAUUCUGGGGGCCCCGUGCUGUGCCGUGAGCCUGAUGGACAUUGGGUUCAGGCUGGGAUCAUCAGCUUUGCAUCAAGCUGUGCCCAAGAAGACACUCCUGUGCUGCUGACCAACAUGGCUGCUCACAGCUCCUGGCUGCAGGCUCGAGCUCAGGGGGCAGCCUUCCUGUCCCAGAACCCAGAGACCCCGGAGAUCAGUGAUGAGGACAGCUGUGUAGCCUGUGGAUCCUUGAGGAGAGGAGGUCCCCAGGCAGGAGCCCCCUCCCCAUGGCCCUGGGAUGCCAGGCUGAAGCACCAGGGGAAGCUGGCCUGUGGUGGAGCCCUGGUGUCAGAGGAGGUAGUGCUGACUGCUGCCCACUGCUUCAUUGGGCGCCAGACCCCAGAGGAAUGGAGCAUAGGGCUGGGGACCGGACCAGAGGAACGGGGCCUGAAGCAGCUCAUCCUACAUGGGGCUUAUACCCACCCAGAGGGGGGCUACGAUGUGGCACUCCUGCUGCUGGCCCAACCUGUGACACUGGGCCCCAGCCUUCGGCCCCUCUGCCUGCCAUAUGCCGACCACCACCUGCCUGAUGGGGAACAUGGCUGGGUCCUGGGGCUGCCCCGCCAAGAAGCAGGUGCCAGCUCCCCUCAGACAGUGCCUGUGACCCUCUUGGGACCCAGGGCCUGCAGCCGGCUGCAUACAGCUCUUGGGAGCGACAGUAUCCCCAUUCUGCCAGGAAUGGUGUGUACCAGUGUUGUGGGUGAGCCGCCCCACUGUGAGGGCCUGUCCGGGGCACCACUGGUGCACGAGGUGAGGGGCACAUGGUUCCUGGCUGGGCUACACAGCUUUGGAGAUGCCUGCCAAGGCCCUGCAAGGCCUGCAGUCUUCGCGGCACUUCCCGCCUAUGAGAACUGGGUCAGCAGUUUGGACUGGCAGGUCUAUUUUGCUGAGGAGCCAGAGCCCGAGGCAGAGACUGGAAGCUGCUUGGCUAACAUGAGCAAACCAGCUGGCUGUUGACAGGUGGCUCUGGGAUGCUGCAGAUGCAGUGAGACAAUUCCUGCAUCACUGCCCCUGUACCUCCCCCAUUCCCUCCACCCACGCAUGAUUCCAGGCACUGGGGCAGGCCCAGCAGCCCCGUGGGCUCUGGGAAGGAGCACGCCUGGACCAGCAACUGCCCUUACUCCCCACCCUGCAGGCCAGGGAGAUGUUGCCUGUGGAUGCUUCCCUACACCCAGCUCCGCCGUCCGAUGCAGGCGUCCCCAGCCUUCCCUAGUCUUCCUCCCCUCAGAUAUGAUCACACCAGCCGCUUACUUUGAAAUUUUCUUUUUUGGGGGGGGAGCAAUUUUCCUUUUUUUUAAACUUAAAUAAAUUGUUAC